CAAGGAGUUCGCACAGUAGCAGAAGAGACGCGUUGGAAAGAGCAGGAAACACAAUUGGCCGAAUUUUCUGUAUGAGACUGGAGACAUGCCUUCACUGUCAAUUCAUUUUGUCGAUCUCACUGUGAGCAGUUCACUACAAAGGUGUACCUACGUCUUCGACGAUAUUUUAGGUCUAUCUAAAGAGAGCACUAAUCGGUUCGUUUCCCAAGGAGUCUCGUUCCCAUGUCAUGCAAGCUGUACCUCUGUCUCGGUCUCUAUUUGUGACCUUUUAUGCGACAAGAGAUGUGACAAAGUAAUAAAUUCACCCCCUUCAGUCGAUCGUCGUACCGUUUGAUGCCUCUCUCUGAGACACAGAAUAAAUCGGCAAAUCCGAGACCUUGAAAAGUGGCACAGUUUGCAAACGAAAGUGCUCUGACCGGUACCUUAUUGUUUGAUCCUUGGCGUUGACCAUGGUAGUAGAAUUGGCGACGACAGUUGCAGGAAUUUUGCUGAAGACUUGUGUUUACAAUGCUUCGGGGCCUCGCAGUGGUACAUCGACAGCCUUAUCCAAGGUAGCCCAGUCAGCGUCAGGGGCCGUCUUGGCCAAAUCCGCUACUGUACAGAAACAGUCCGGAAAUCCCCAACCCCGGACUUGGCACCAUCCCGACUACAUUGCCUCCUUCAAUUCGGAAGGUCUUCCCAACAACGGGAUUGACUACUAUAUUGAUGCCACUACGAUUGACGAUGCGAUGAAAGAUGCGGACGAUGACAAGCCUUACUUUGUUAGUUUGUCCGGCAAGUCGCUCCACGACAAUAUGGAGAUGCUUCACAAGAUCGCGUCUGCACCAACGAAAAACCGGAUUUCCGCAAUCGAGUUGAAUCUGGCAUGUCCCAAUGUCAUUGGCAAACCGAUUAUCGCUUACGAUGUGGAUCAGAUGGACAGUAUUCUCGAGCAAGUAAGUCAACUCACCGAUUCGCUACCUCCGUUAGGGGUCAAGCUCCCUCCGUACUUGGAUUUUCAACACUUCCAACAGGCAGCCAGUGUCCUGAACCGACAUAAGAAACUUGUGAAGUACGUUGCAUCUAUCAAUACACUAGGAAAUGCUCUCGCCGUUGAUGUCGUUUCAGAAGCCCCUUGUAUUUCUUCCAAUUCUGGAUUUGCGGGUCUGUCCGGACCGGCCGUCCACUAUACGGCUUUGGCCAACGUGCGUAAACUGCGGGAGCUCCUUGACGAGGACAUUGAUGUUGUUGGAGUCGGCGGUGUUCGGUCCGGUAAGGAUGUGUUCGCCAUGUUGUUGGCCGGAGCGACAGCUGUGCAGGUUGGUACUUGCCACUGGAUCGAAGGCCCAAGCUGCUUUGAUCGGAUUGUGGAUGAGUUGCGGGUUCUUAUGGAAGAAAAAGGCUGCCGACGUAUUGAAGACGUCAAGGGAAAAUUGAAGGCAUGGUCGAAGGAAGGUGCCGCUAAAUCAAGACAAGCUCUUUUGUCGGUUGAGCCAGCAAAGACCAAUAGCGCAGUACCCUUGUCCUCUUCAGAACUACAGUUUUGGAAGGUCUUAUCAGCUAUUUUGAUUGCCGUUUUGGCGAUCAUUUGUACGCUGGACAAGCAGCUGGGGCAGCUUCUCCCGGAGGAAUAAAUUCGAUUGCAUUGAAGUGCAACUUGCUAACUGUAAGUGUGGCAGGCGUCCAAUAACAUAAGACAUAAGAAAAUAUUGUAGCUUG